CACGUCUCAGAGUGUCAUCUUUUGACGUUUAUGUAACCUCAAAUUUUCGCCAAAAUGAAAAAAUACAAAAAUGUAUAGCCAGUUAAAUAAGUAUCGUGUGCCACUGAAGGCUGUAUGCAAAUUUUCCUUGUUAAGGAAAAAACCAGAAAUUCUAAACAUUGCUGAUAAUGGGUUGACUCAAAAACGGGUGAAAACCCACGUUAGAUUAGAUCAAAUCAACUCGAAAUUAAUUAAGGGUGUAUCUAGGGAAUACUCUGCCGUGUGUUCACUUAUCCACCGGUCAGGGUUACAAAAUUUGAGCCACUUGCCGUACUAUUUGGAUAAAAGAGAGUUCCACUCUUCGGUGAAAAAUUUGCAGCAGUCUUCCGGGGGCAAACCUGGCGGUGAUAAGAAUAAACCAAACGAUGAUGACGAUAAAGACAAGAUUUCGUCAUUGUUGGCUAAGGCCUUUCUGUGGAUGCUUACAGCCUACAUGGUCAUAGCAAUAAUUUCGUUGAUGUUUCCUAGUAGUAGCCAACCAGAGGUUGUACGAUAUGUCUCCUGGAACGAAUUUUUGUACCAAAUGUUGGCCAAAGGCGAAGUGGAAGAAAUUAUCGUCAGGCCUGAUAUCGAAAUCGUUACGAUUAUCCUACACGAAGGUGCCAUAAUUAAAGGAAAAAAAGUUGAUAACAGGACGUAUCACAUGAAUGUUGUCGAUAUCAACAAAUUCGAAGACAAACUCAGAGAGGCUGAACGUCGUUUAGGCAUCCAAGACGGAAUCCCGAUCACAUUUGAACGCGGAACGGACACAGCCGGAAAACUACUCAUCUCUCUCCUGAUCGUUGCAAUCCUUAUUUCCCUUCUCGCUCGCAGCAAAAGCAUAAGACCGCCAAUCAGCAUGGACACAUUUACGCAAUUAGGGCGCGCCAAGUUCACCCUUGUUGACCCUCUGUCAGGUCAGGGCAAAGGGGUGCACUUUUCAGACGUGGCAGGUUUAAGGGAAGCGAAACAGGAAGUAAUGGAGUUUGUUGAUUAUUUGAAACGGCCUGAGAUUUACAAGAGUUUGGGGGCGAAGGUGCCUAAGGGGGCACUGCUUUUAGGCCCCCCUGGUUGUGGUAAGACUUUACUGGCCAAAGCUGUGGCCACUGAAGCCAAUGUGCCUUUUUUGUCUAUGAAUGGGUCAGAGUUUAUCGAGAUGAUUGGCGGCUUGGGGGCGGCAAGGGUAAGGGACUUGUUCAAAGAGGCCCGCAAACGCGCCCCCUGUAUAAUCUACAUCGACGAAAUCGACGCAGUAGGCCGUAAACGAAGCGGCCAAUUGGGCCAAGGUGGCGCCAGUGGCGAAAGUGAGCAGACUUUGAACCAGCUUUUGGUGGAAAUGGACGGAAUGGCAAGCAAGGAAAGUGUCGUUAUGCUUGCCUCCACCAACAGGGCCGAUAUUUUGGACAGGGCCCUACUACGCCCCGGACGCUUCGACAGACACAUUUUAAUCGACUUGCCUGAUCUAGAAGAACGAAAACAAAUUUUUGAGCUACAUUUGAAGAGUAUAGCAUUGGAAAACGAGCCUGAAUUCUACUCGAAAAGGUUGGCGCACUUGACACCCGGAUUCAGUGGCGCUGACAUCGCCAAUGUUUGCAACGAGGCGGCUUUGCACGCGGCAAGAGAGAAACAAAAGCACGUAACGCGGGACAAUUUGGAAUAUGCCGUUGAACGUCUCGUUGGAGGUACCGAAAAACGCAACCAUGCCAUGUCCCCUGAAGAAAAACGCAUCGUUGCCUAUCACGAAUCCGGUCAUGCCCUAGUUGGCUGGAUGUUGGAGCACACUGAUGCCCUCCUGAAGGUCACUAUAGUCCCUAGGACCAACCUAGCGCUGGGUUUUGCCCAGUACAUCCCUCGGGACCAGAAAUUGUACACCAAGGAGGAAUUAUUCGAAAGAAUGUGCAUGACUCUAGGUGGCCGAGUGGCUGAAUCAUUGAUUUUUAACCGAAUUACAACGGGGGCCCAAAACGAUUUAGAAAAAGUCACCAAAAUGGCCUACGCCCAAAUCAAGGAGUUUGGGAUGAGUGAAAGUGUGGGCUUGCUGUCGUUCCCUCAGGAAGAGACGCAGGAGAAGGGCCGAAGGCCCUACAGUAAAAAAUUAGCAAAUCUUAUAGACAUUGAGGCGAGGAGAUUGGUCAGUAGGGCGUACAAACGCACAGAGGAGGUUUUGUUGAAGAAUAAAGAAAAACUUGAAUUGCUUGCGGAGACGUUGUUGAAGAAGGAGACUUUAAACUAUGAUGAUGUCGAGAAGCUGUUGGGGCCUCCGCCCUUUGGGGCCAAGCACUUGAUCGAACCGGCUGAGUUUGAGGAGUCUGUGAGGAAGGAUGCUGGGGAUACUAGGCCGACUGAGACCAAGUCUGAGACUAAUGCGUCUGCGCCCAAAAUUUGAGAAUGUAUUGUAGAUAAUGAGACUUUGAACAAAAUGAAUAAAUGUUUUUAAAAAGUUGAAA